CCACGCAAACUCUCUGGGGAUAAUAAACAAACACUUUGAAUUCAUUCUUUUCUCCACACACUCACUUCAUUCCGAUCUCUUCAAUUCCAUGGCCAUGGCAGCCCAAGCCUCUCUCUUCGCCUCGCCGCUCUCCGCCGCCAAGCCCGCAGCCGACCGCGUGGCGGCGCCCUGGAAGCAGUCCCUCCACUGCUUCUCCGUCGUCCCCAGGGGCCUGAACAAGCCCGCCGCCGCGUGCCGCCCCAUCCGAGCCAUGGCGGAGGAAACCACGGAAACGCCCACCAAAGAGGCCCCCGUGGGAUUCACCCCGCCGACCCUAGACCCCAACACCCCGUCCCCCAUCUUCGGUGGCAGCACCGGCGGACUCCUCCGCAAAGCCCAGGUCGAGGAGUUCUACGUCAUCACGUGGACCUCCCCGAAGGAGCAGAUCUUCGAGAUGCCCACAGGCGGCGCCGCAAUCAUGAGGGAAGGGCCCAACCUGCUGAAAUUAGCGAGGAAAGAGCAGUGUUUGGCACUGGGUACACGGCUGAGAUCCAAGUACAAGAUCAACUACCAAUUCUACAGGGUUUUCCCUAACGGCGAGGUCCAAUACUUGCACCCCAAGGACGGAGUUUACCCGGAGAAGGUGAACGCCGGGCGUGAAGGGGUCGGACAGAACAUGAGGUCCAUCGGAAAGAAUAUCAGCCCGAUUGAGGUGAAGUUCACCGGAAAACAGGUCUACGAUUUGUGAGCUGCGCUUCCUUUUGCUUCACUGCAAAAUGUAAUGUAUGUCCAUUUCUGAUCAUCUAAAUUUACUCCUUUCUUCGCUGUAAUUUUAUGCUAUAUUUGAAACCAAAACAAUAUGGAUUUUAUAUGCA